AUGUCCAAUAUGAAGUUGCCUUUGCGGCCAGCCAGAAGAGCCUUUCCAGCAAGGAUCUUGCCAAUCCUCGAGGAAGAUCUCAUUGAGUCGACACGGAGUCAAAGUUCGGCUCAAGGCCGACAUCAACAAAGUGGUGUCACAAAGUCCAAGGUGGUGAAGUCUGCCACAAAGAAAGACAUCGCUACACGCCCGGGGUUAUCUACAAGUACAAAGAAUAUAAAGGACACAAAGGAGACUGGUUCCCCAUGGCCUGAGACACUUGAGACUGAAAAUGACGAGUUCGAGUUCUUAGAAUACCACCUCGGCGCCAACCAAGAAGAGGUGCAGAGAGCUGUUCGUGAGCAAAGGAAACAAUCACGGCAGUCUAUACGCAGAGCUCCCAGAUCCACGACGGACUCUGAAUUGAGUGAUGUUCCCAUGCAAGACUCAACGACAGCACCGACCAUGAUCACAAUAGCAGAGACCGCUGUGCCCAUUUAUUUACAUGUCUCAUUCAAGUGGCUGAGGACAAAUACCACCGUGGCUCCGACAGUCAUGGUCCUGCUGCAGGAUCUUCCUGACCUUGACGCCCUUUGUGUACGGGUGAGGACCGAACAUUCAGAAGUGGUUGGGAAUCGGCUGUUCGACUCCGAAGUGCCCAAAAAAUGGAUCUUCGAGAGCAAGGCUGGCGAAGAGGACGGAGAGCCCUAUGGUUGGGGCCGAAAGUUCUCCAAGGUAUGCUCGCAUCACCGGGCCGACAGGAUAUACAGAGCAUUCUUCGACUUCCUUGCGGAGGCGAGACGGGCUGAGGUCGAAAGGUUGACGCAAGAAGCGAGGGAAGUGCAGGAAGUGACGAUGUUGUUGGAGGGGCAUGAAGUAAAACGCGGGGAUGGCGAUGGGGAAUCCAGGCUUUCAGAAGUCUCUUUAGACGAAUCUGCCAUUGACGGAUUCGUAGAAGUUUACUUCUAA